AUGUGUCGUUCGGGUGAUAAUUUAAGAAAUCAGAAGAAGUAUGAAGUGAAGUUCUUGAUCUUCAAGGAUGACCCUGACUCUGUUGUUAGGUUUGAAGGCCACUGCAGAAGAGAUGAAGCUGUUGACGAUUCACAAAGAAAACUUCAUCAGCACUGUGUUUUGUAAGAAAACGGAAGUGGUAGAAAAGCUGAAGUUUUUAACUACGAUUUGAAAAGAUUGCCAGUAAUAGUCCAUAUAGAAGUAGACUCAAAACACAAACCAGUCGUAAUACCAAAGCGGAAAAUCCCCCGUGUCAGUGAGAAACCAAUUCAAAGUCGAGCUACAGCGAUUAGAGAGACUGGUAAUCUUCACACCUGUUGAAGAACCGACCUAGUGGGUGAGUCAAAUUGUCGUUACUAUGAAGAAGUCUCGUGCAUUGCGCGUAUGCAUAGAUCCAAAGCCACUGAACGUAGCCCUAAAGAGAGAGCGGUAUCUAAUUACUGUCAUAGGUGAUUGACUACCUGAUUUGUCAGAGGCUCGUGUAUUUUCCAAGAUUGAUCUGGCAUCCGUGUUUUGGCAUUAGGAAUUAGACGAAGGGUCAAGCAAGCUGACAACGUUUUCUACCCCCUACGGAAGAUUCCGGUGGUUGCGCCUGUGAUAUAUGCCAGAAACGUUAAAACGUCUCAACCAAGAGCUCCUGGGACUGGAAGAAGUGAAGUGUAUCGCAGAUGUUUACGGUACCAACGAGAAAGAUCAUGACCAAAACUUCGAGAGGCUGCUGCAGCGGUGUUAAGAAAAGAGCAUUAAGUUGACCAAGGAUAAAUUAGAGUACAAGUGGAAAAAGGUCUCAUUCCAUGGUCAUCUUCUCAGCAGUGAAGGUUUGAAAGUUGAUCCAGGUAAAGAGGAGGAGAUUAUGGAGACGCCACGACCAACCACUCCUGAAGAAAUGCAUUCGGAUGACCACAUUCUGCACUCCCAAAACGGUCUGAUUGCUGUCGCAUUGGUUUUCAAGACAUUGUGA